AGUACUGCAUCUUCUUGCCCGUUCUUGCCCUAGAUCGACAUGUCUUCUUCUUCUUCUUCUUCUAUUUCUUCCAAACGAAAUGUUGAAUUUCAACCUGAAAAUCCUUGUUACUGUGGGUUACCAUCUCGUGUACGAACUUCACGAACUAAAGACAAUCCAGGAAAAAAAUUCAGAUUGUGCCCUAACUCCAUGAAUGAAGGACCAAAAUGCAAGUUCUGGGAAUGGUUGGAGCCUGAAACCCCUGAAAAUGAAGUCAAUUCUGGGAAGGACAAAAAAGAACCGUGCAAUUUAACCCUCAAAGUUUCUAUAUUGGAAAACGAGAUCAGCAUAUGUAAGAUGAAGAUGGAACAAGAAAAUUUGGUUGUUAGACAAGAGUUUGAAAAACUCAAAUGGAAGCUAUUUACUCAUAAAGUUGUGAUGAUUGUGUUGUUUCUGUUGUUUGUGUUUAAGAAGUAGUUUAGCCCUUAAUUUAACCCUUAGUUUAGCUGUAUUCAAAGACUAAAUGUAAUCCUUAAUGUUGUAAUUUGUUUGAUGUAUUAUGACUAAAUCUUUUUGAUUAAUGAUAGUUUGAUGUUUUGAGUGCU